AUGAUGAAGUGGGCUUUUGUUCUUUGUGCCCUGGUGGCUUUCUCUGAAUGUUUUCGGGUGCCCCUGAUCAAGGGUAAGACAGCCCGGCAGGCACUGCAGGAAAAGGGUCUUUGGGAGGAGUACAGGAAAAAGUUCCCAUACCAGCCCAUGGUCAAGUUCCAGCAGCAGCAGAAUGGCGCUGAGAGCAUGACCAAUGAUGCCGAUCUGUCUUACUACGGUGUCAUCUCCCUGGGAACUCCCCCCCAGUCCUUCGGAGUUAUCUUUGACACUGGCUCCUCCAACCUGUGGGUGCCCUCUGUGUACUGCAACAGUGCCGCUUGCAAUAACCAUCAGAAGUUCAACCCUCAGAGUUCCAGCACCUACCAAGCCACUCAACAGAGUGUUCAGAUCGCGUACGGGACUGGCAGCAUGACUGGAAUUCUGGGUUACGAUACCCUGGAGGUGGGUGGAAUCACUGUGAACAAUCAGAUCUUUGGUCUGAGUGAAAUCGAGGACACGUUCUUGGAGUACAUGACGUGGGACGGUAUCCUGGGUCUUGCCUUCCCCUCUCUUUCUGCCUCUGGAGCCACCCCUGUCUUUGACAACAUGAUGAGUCAGGGUCUGGUCUCCCAGGACCUCUUCUCUGUCUAUCUGACUGGGGACAGUGAGUCAGGCAGCGCGGUGCUGUUUGGUGAGAUUGACUCUUCAUACUACACCGGCAGCUUGAGCUGGGUUCCUCUGUCCUCCGAGACCUACUGGCAAAUCGAGAUGGACAGUGUCACCAUCAAUGGAAAUAUUGUCGCUUGUGCUGGUGGAUGUCAGGCCAUUGUUGACACUGGAACCUCCCUCAUUGUUGGACCUUCCAGUGACAUCAGCAACAUGAAUUCCUGGUUUGGUGCCACCACCAACCAAAUUGGUGAUGCAGCGGUAUCCUGUGAUAACAUCCAGAGCCUGCCCGAGGUCACCUUCAAUAUCAACGGACAGGCUUUCACUCUCCCAGCUUCUGCCUAUGUGUCUCAGGAAUCCAGCAGCUGUACCACUGGCUUUGGUAAUGGAGGUACUGACCAGCUCUGGAUCCUGGGUGAUGUUUUCAUCAGACAGUUUUACACUGUCUUUGACAGGCAGUACAAUAUGGUGGCUUUUGCCCCAAUUGCAUAAAUGCCAUCGUACUGUAAAAACAUCUAUCUGGCCAAUUUAGACAGAACUGUGAUCAUGACGUGCACAAUGAAAAAUAAUUUGUCAAUAAAAC